AUGAUAACAAUCGUGAUUUGAGCAAAUGUUAUUUUAUGAAUCUUCACGUUUUAAUUUUUGUCAUAAAAAUUCCAUUAAUUGGGUCCAAUUUUGUAUGAUGAUUCAACUUUCACUAUUAUCUUACAGAUUAGAUUAGGAGAGCCAAAGAUUCUAGUGAUUGAUUAAAUGGAUCAUGGCUGUCUUUAAACCAAGACGAAUCUAUUUAUUACAAACAGUUGGACUAUUUAGAUAACGCAGAGCUUUGUCAAAUUAGACAAAACAUAGAAAUAAUGUCCUUCAGAAUACGUUUAGCUCGCAGUAGACCAAUGAGAUUUUUGGGUAGUGUCGCCAUGAAGUGUUGGGCUUUUAGUGGAGUUUAUAUUCUUAUCUGCUUCUUUUUAUAUUGGUUAUAUGGUGGAAUUUUAGCUUUCUUCUUGCUGUGCUUUGCCACAACUGGAAUACUCUACCACAGGGAAGAUCAACUUCUUUAUCAUCCAGAACUGCCAUCUCAUUCCAGAGUUUAUGUACCAGCUCCUUCAAUAUUUAAUUUACCAUAUCAAAGUGUAUAUACCAGAGCUGGAGAUGGUACAAUGCUACACAUGUUUUUUGUUUCCCAACCAGAAGAGAGAAUGAGAAAAGCACCUACGUUAUUAUUUCUUCAUGGCAAUGCUGGCAACAUGGGUCAUCGGUUGCAAAACAUAGUGGGACUCUAUCAUAAUAUCCAAUGUAAUAUUCUAAUGUUAGAAUACCGAGGAUAUGGCCUGUCACAGGGAUCCCCGUCGGAAGAGGGUCUUUAUAUGGAUGCCCAAGCAGGAAUAGACUAUCUGUUCAGCAGAACGGAUAUUAAUACUAAUGAAAUUAUAGUAUUUGGUAGAUCACUAGGCGGAGCGGUAGCAAUUGAUUUAGCCACAAAGGAAGAAAAUUUGCAGAGGAUUUGGUGCCUUAUACUCGAAAACACCUUCACUAGUAUUCCAGAUAUGGCCACCUUAUUCGUCGGAUCCAAAUUUCUACAAUAUCUGCCACUUUUUGUAUACAAGAACAAGUAUUUAUCUAUUAUGAAAAUUCGCGCAGUCACAGUGCCCACUCUGUUCAUUUCCGGUUUGGCAGACACAUUGGUACCACCUCGCAUGAUGCAGGACCUUUACAAGAAUUGUCGAAGCACGUGCAAACGUAUACUUCCAGUCGUGGGUGGCACGCAUAACGAAACUUGGUGUCAGCCGAAUUACUAUCAAAACAUUUGCACUUUUCUGACGGAACUCAGGGAAAAUCCCCCUCCAAGAGUGACGUCUAGUCAUUGGCAAAUCGAUGAUAUCUAAUGAUGAUAUUGAUUAAGUGCGCCUAUUAUUACAAUUUUAGACAUAAGUCAUUUUCACGUGUUAUAAAUGUGGGAGAAUCAACUUUAUCGAAUUGAAAUUUCAUAAAGUUCUUCUUCUCGUAUAUUAUAGCCGCAAAGAAAUCGAUCUUAUGACUCAAAGAAAAAUAAUUAUCCUUGCGUCCAAAUCAAAUUAUAAUUAAAUUAGACUAAAUAAUUUAACUCUUUGUAAAUACAAAUCAAUUUGAAUAAUCAAUUUAAUUUAAUUAUGAUCAUUUAUAUCAAUAGUGAUUAAAGAAAUAUUAAUUAAUAUUAGUUAAAUAUUAAUUAUUAUUAAUAUUAUAAAGAAAUAUUAAUGCAUAUAAAAGAAGAUUCAGGUAAUUAUAAACUUUGAAGAAAUUUUUUUACAAGGAUGUAUGAAUCAAAAAUAAAAUUUAAAUAUCAUUGAAAAUACAAUUUAAAGGUAUGUUAAACAAGAAGUUAUCUAUUGUUAAACUUAUUUAUUAAAUAGACUUUUAUAACUUUACCAAAGCAUGUGUAAUCAUAAACUUCUUAAUAUGUUUUUCUAUAUAUUAACUAUUAUUAUGUAUUAUUGCAGACUGUGUGAUUCCUGUUACAAUAAAUGCUAUAAUAAAAAAAUAAGAAAGGAUUAGAGAUUAUGAUAGUUAAUUUAUGCAAGAGUAAGCUGCACUAAAUUAUGUGGAAGUAAUAAUAUCUUUUAUAUGUUUUCCCACAAUGACAGUCUUCAUGUUUUUAUAAGAAGAUAAAGAUUCAAUAAAGAAAUUCAAAAAGA